UCCGGAAAGAAGUGAUGGCUUUAUUGCUUGUCUGGUAUAAGUGAAAUGUUUAAGUUUGGACGUGGGGCACAAAGAAAGAAAAAUGAGAAAACAGCGCUGAGGUAAAAAAGAGAAGGCAAUUUGGCGGUUGAGAAAUUCCUGCCACGGGGGGGGAGGGUAGGUGGGAAAAAAAGCGGGCUGCGCAUGCGCCUUAGCGCUCCUCGGCUUUGUGUGAAACCGGCAAAACGCGCCUGGCGGGAAGCGGGGUGGCUCGGCUUUGCUACGGCGCAUGCGUUGUGGCGGGGAAAAAAAGCGGGAAACGCAGCGGGCGGGUGUGUUUUGAGGCCAGGCAGCCGCGCGCUGAGGGGAAAAAGCGGCGGCGCUGUUGCGGGAGGGCGCAUGCGCCGUGAGCAAGGCGGCAAGCGACGAGAGGCGUGAGGUGGCCGUGUCGUCGUCGGCAGCAUGUGGGGCUUCGGAGGGCAGUUUUGGAUAGGGAUGGGGCUGGGCGUGGUCCUUGACGCGGCGGUCGCUUGGCUCCUGAGGCGCCUCGAAGCCGCCCCGGUCCGCGAGGCGCUUUUCUUCCCGUCGCGGGUGACGUGCAUCGCGGAGCUGCUCGCCGAGGAGUCGGCGUCGGGGGCCGCCGCCGAGGCGCGUCCCCGAGGAGGCCCGUGCGGGUGCCCGCUGCCCCACGGCGAGAGCCCCUUCCGCCGCUUCCUGGCCUGUCUCCUGUCGGCCCGGCGCUCCCUCGACCUGUGCCUCUUCGCCUUCUCCAACCCGCACCUCAGCCGGGCCGUCCUCCUCCUGCACCGCCGCGGCGUCCGCGUCCGGGUGGUGACCGACUCCGACUACAUGGCCCUCGUCGGCUCCCAGAUCGGGCUUCUCCGGCGAUCCGGAAUUCAGGUGCGUCAUGAUCAGGAGCUUGGCUAUAUGCACCACAAGUUUGCUAUAAUUGACAAAAAGAUGCUGAUCACUGGCUCUUUGAACUGGACCACUCAAGCAAUCCACAGUAACAGAGAGCAUGUGCUGAUUGUGGAGGACAAAGAUUUAGUGAAUAAUUUCCUUGAAGAAUUUGAAAAGAUUUGGGAAGACUACAAUCCAGCCAAUUACACAUUUUUCCAAAAAGAAGGAAAGGAGGUACUGAAAAAUAAAACUAAAGCUUAACAAAUGUCACAAGGUUUCAUCUAACGAUUGUACCACUGUACUUAUUUGAGCAAUGAUUUUAAAGGUUACUAAGCAGAAAAAUAAAUAUAGUGAACAAUUAGUAUAUUAUUGUUCCAGAAUAAGAUUCCCCCGAUAAAUGGAAUAUUAAAACAUAUGCUUUAUUUGCUGAAGAACAGGUUAAAAUGCAUAAUUAAUACAUAAAUGUGACUUGUCCUGGCAAAGAGUGGCAAACAUAAGAACUUCUUUGUCCUUUUCCUUCUAAUGGAUUAAUGGAUACAGAAACAAACUACAUGACAUUCACAUUAGGUUAGGAAUACAUGUUGCAACCAAGGGUAAGAUUUUAGGAUAAACAAUUAUUUUAUAAGCUGAAUCAGUUUCAGGAGUGAGUGGUUGAAGAAGUGUAUAAAAUAAGUUGGCCUUGAUACCUACUCUGAAGUAUUAUCAUACUUCAAGGAGAGAUGAUUUCUGAUAAAACAUAGCAUUAGGCAAGCUUAAGCUUAUUUACUUUAAUAGCUCAAGUGCAUGUUAGAUUGUGACCUAAAUACUUGUAUACUUCUGCAUUUCCAUUCUAAUUUGCCUUCAGACUUGAGAAAGUAACAUCCAGCUCCUUUUUGCCUAGUAACAAGCUUCUACAGAAACUGUAGAGCUUCCCAUUAGCCAUUCUACUAAUUGUGAGAAUGGAAUAUUAUGAUGAAAAGAAAAAUUACAGGUUAUUUCUAAAGUUUCUCUGUUAUGAAGUAUCUUUAUGCUCAGCUGCCUAGAAAAGAGGCGGAAACAGCAAUGGGGAUAGUACUUUUCCUCUUGCCUUACAUCUUCUAUUUAAAUUGUUUUGUUGCCUGCAGAUGCUUUAGAAUAGAAUUCCUGUUGCAUUGCAGAAAUUAAAAACCAACAAAGUGUGGAUUCUAAGGUUUUUACUUCAGACUUGAAAUUUUGCUUCCUUAACUACUAAAGCUGUGAUUUCAGAAAGUGUAGUGUCACAAUAUUUUGGGACAGUAGACAUUUCACUGUAUCUAGGACAUGGCUAGUUGUCCUUGGCUUUAACGUACACUUUUUUGUGUAUGCCUGUAAAGUUAUUAGAUUUUUAGGAAGGAAGAUAUUGGAUUAGUAUCCAGCUACUAGCAGAUUCUUGUUUUCUUCUUGUUUCAUCAUACACCUGUUGAAAAAAGCUAUUUUAUUUAACAUUUUUUCAUGUUCAGCAGCAAGUUCCAGUCUUUGUUAUGCUGAUAGUAGCAAUGUUAGUAAUAAUUUAUUUUUCUCAUUCGUCAUCAUAUCUGAGUUCUCAGCCAUCCUUGUAGCUGAUGAGCAUGUAUUGAUCUGUGCUAAUGCAGAUACUUCUGUUGCUGAGUUAAGUUCACAGCUUUCAACUCAUGUUUGUAAAAUACAAGUGCCUUUAAAGUUUUGGUACUUCAGUUGAAAGGUACACACAGGAUAAUUGCCAUAAUCUUCUCGAGAUGCCCAAAGGAACAAAUCUUAUGAAACUCAUUAAGUUAUUAUCAUUUCAAUAAUUCUUUUUGUUUCAU